UAGAUUGCAAGAUAUGAUUGGCCACUGUAUCACAUUACUUCAGUGGACAUGGCUACAUGAAGGGGGCAAGAGGUAGCUUAAAUGACGUGAGAAGACUUUGAGAAUUUGUAACAACCUUUCAACAUGGGUGAGAAGACUUUCAAAGUUAUCCUGAGUCAAAGACGGUGAUCAAUGGCGACUAAAUUCGAACCCGAUCAUUUCGGCCUUCUAUGCCACCUGGUAACUUUCUCAGAUUGGCAUAGUCCAAAGUUUGGACGGUUUGAAUUUGAAUCAAUUGUGGAUGCUCUUCGAAAAAUACUUCCUUGGGAAACCAAUUUUAUUAUUGAGCGCAGUGGAAGUUUAGCGGAAAGACUGUAUUUACUAAGGCUGGAAGUGGCCGAGGAAAACGAAGGAAGUAGCGUUCGAUAUCGAUAUGGAACAGAUCUUGAUGUGAUGUUCCUGCCACAACUAGCUAUAAUCAAGGAAAUUACUGAGUCUGAUGAGGAAGAAAACAGUGCAGAUGAAUCAAUUAGCGAUGUUGUUGCUUUUAUUGAGAAUGCAAAAGAACCAAGGUAUGUAAAACUCCGUGUUAAUACUGCUUGCCGGUGGAGUUUACCCGAUGACGUUUUAGAAAGUGAAGGGGACUGUGUUUACGUAUCAAGCUCUAAAUUUUGCGACGUAUUUCGGAAGAACUUGAACCAAGUUCAAGAAGUUGCAAAAGCAGCUGGACCUUCCUUGUUAGUCACAGAGCAUUUGAUUCAGGAAUCCGGCAUCCGCAUGGAUAGUAUGGAUCUUGUCUUUGCUUUCCGUUGUCCUAAUUGGCCUUCUGUUGCUGAUGAAUGGGCGAAAAGAAAACGGAACUGGCCACAACCAGAAGUCGUGCAGAUGAUUCUCCAUCAAGGUUAUGCCGUGGUCGCAAAAGGGUCUGGAGACAGCAGCGCUUCCCAUCUGGAAUGGAGGUUGUCAUUUUCUUUUGCUGAAACAGUUCUGGCACAGAAUCUGAAUUCAGUGCAGAGGAAAUGCUAUCUGGUUGUAAAAGGUCUCGUGAAAGAUCUCCAUUGUGAAGGUAUACCUUCCUACUGGGUUAAAUGUGCCUUCUUCUGGUUCUUAGAGGAGGCAGACCCAGACAUCUGGAACAAUUCAAACCUUGGCCACUGUGUGCUCGGAGUAAUUGAAAGGCUUACAAAAUGUCUACAGAGUUACAUGUUGCCCAAUUACUUUGUCAUACAGAGAAAUCAUCUUCAAGAAAUUUCCAAAGAAUCUUGUGCAAUCAUUUCCAAGGAGUUGACACAAAUCAUGCAGAAGCCUGUCUUAGCUCUAGCAAACUCCCCUAAACUUACAAAAUGCAUUGAGUCAAUUUAUAGUCAGGCACCCAAGAAGUAUGGAUACAGCACUCUCAUUGCACUUUUAAAGGAAUUCCACAGCUCCCCAGAUAAGAAUGUUUUGAAUGAUUUUCUUAAAUACCACCUCUACAAUCUUGGCUUAAUGUUGAUGGAAAAUCCCAAAACAGCGCAGAAAGGGAUAGAGUACAUUGAGUGUGUUGUUCAAAUUUUGAAAGGGACUGGAAAGCAAACAAAUGCCUAUGAAUUACUGUGUGAUUCAAUAGUACAAUGCCAAAGACGCCAUGGUGAUGGUGAUGCAGAAGCAGCUGCCUGCCGCUUGAUUUCCAUGAGGAGCCUGGGAUUUUCAGAUCAAGAGGUAAUUGCAACACUGACAAAGGCCACCAACGGUAUUGAUCUUCCUGCCAGUCUAUUCCACAAUGCUGGAUGUUUCUACCAUGUACAAGCAUAUGAAGAUGAUGUUACUGAACCUAAUGGAGAGCUUCUAAACCAUGCCGAGAUGAUGCUGAAAAAAUCAGUGGAGUUGCAGCCAACCAAUGCUUCUCACUACGUAGAGCUUAGCAUGUUUUUAUACAGAAAUGAUCGUUUUGAUGAAGCUAUAGAGGCUGCAAAGCAAGGUAUAACUUGUAGUAAGACCUCUAAAGUGUUGAAAUACCUUGGUUAUGGUCAAAGUGAGGAGAUUACAUUGGAUGGUAACCUCGGUCACCAUAUUCAGCAAAAUGACACUAUUGAAGCUCCAGCCCUGAUAUUUGCAUAUUAUGUCUUGGUAGCUUGUUUGGAGGAGUUGCAUAGAGAGGAUGAAGCACUAAAGUUCAUGGACUCUUACAGAACAGCUUGUGGUGAUCCUUGUAAAGCUAUUGAUGAAGAUGAUUCACUGGUGCUUUAUAAUUACUCUUGUUUAUUGCUCAAGUUACCUGGAGUUUGACUUUGAUUUAAGAGAGUUAUAAAAAUCACUGACAGUGACACUGUGAGUAUGAAAUCCAGAGCAAUUUUAAGCUGAAUGGUAAUCGCAAGUAGUUUUUUAGGAUUACAUUUUUUUGCUAAAGAACUUGCAUUGCUCUCUAAACCAAUCACAUGCAAAACUAAAUUCCUUCCCAACUAGUGAGUAAUCACCUAUUUCAGCCCCCCCCCCCCCCCUCAGAAGUUUGCUUGUUUAAGCUUUGGACUCUCUUUGCCUCAAUGCAAUUUUUUUCUGUUCUGACUGGCCAUUGUAAUUUCUUUUGUUUUGGCUUUUAGCAUCACUCCCUUUAAUUAGAAAGUAUACCAUUGUGUAUGGCAGGCAAGGCGUAACCCUUUAAUCCCUAAGAAUGACUGGCAUCUAACUUCUCAAGACCACCCAAAUCAUAGGAAAUGAUCACCACCUGAAGCUCUCAAUAGUUAAACAAAUUCUCCUUGUCAGCACCCUAGAAAACAUAUGGAGAACAGUAUGGAGAAUAUGAAUACUGAUUUUAAGUGUAAAAAGUUACCCUGCAAUAGAUUAGCAUCCCACCCAAUAGGGGUCAGAGGCAAGUUUGGGGAAAAAUCUUUGUUGAUCUAAGCCAAUAAAAUCUGGAUAAGCUCUGGCAGGAACAGCCCUAUGACUUAUGCACUGAUGCUACUUUUCACAUGAUUUCAAUUUUUCAGCAGGGUUUUUUCCUGAGAGCAGUCAUAACUGUGUAUAAACUCAACAUUUUCAAUUGUUUACAAAUUUGGACUCAUUUCAGCCCCACCUUUUGGCAUACAAAAUCAAACCAGCUGAAUUCCAAGGAAGAUGUUACACAAAUGGACAAAUGGGCAAAUCUAAUGGGCUAAAUUACUGUUUUUGUGGGUUGUUUAAUACAUAUAAAUGGAAAAAGCCUGGAAACUAGAGAAAAAUCCUAAAGAAAGUUUAUCACAGAACAGCCUGAAAAAUGUGUUAUCAUAAAUUUUAUCUAAAAAAAUUAGAUCUUAACACAGGAAAACUGCUUAUUAGAAAUAAAAAUAUGAUAAUACUGGUAUACUUGGAAAAAAUGCUUAAUACAACAGGGAAAACAAACUGUACUUAACCUUUUUACAAGGGGAGAAAUCUUUGAUUUAUUUAUUUUGACUUAUUAUAUCUCACACACCUGUUGCAUUAUUAUUUUCUUUAAAGUAUAAUUAUAACUAUGGUACACUUAAAUUAGCAGAUAGCCUUUUCCCACUUUCAGGAUUAGCAAUUUCAAAAGGUCCAAAGUACCUACUAGGUCCUAUGUACCAAACUAACAUCGAGAAACCCUUUCACCCCCUGGAUCAAUCACGGUGUAAACUCUCCUUACCAUUUGUUAUACAGUUCUUUCAAUGUGAAUUUUGAGAAGGUGGUAGUAAAUCAAUUUUCUCUUUAUCAUGAGGUUGAUCAUUUUCUUUACUCUCAUUACCUUUUGGCUUAUAGAUGUAUUGUUUUUGUGAGGAGAAAUUACUCAUUUUGUCUCUCUUAAGAGAGCAAUUGAGUGUCCAAAUUAAACCACAAUUGCACUGGUUUUGCUUUACUUCACUUAAUGAAUGGUCUAGAAAACUCUACACCCUCUCAAUCAAUUAAAUGCCAUAGCCUAAAACCAAUUAAGACUUGGUGGGUAGCAUUUUCCUGCAUAUCAGACAGUCUGCAUGUUUUCAAUUUCAGAUUCCAUUGCCUCUGUGUUAUUAUCUUUUGGUAUGACAAGCCCCUGUGAUAGCCUUAGUGUUGGUUUUUAUGUCUCUUGAGUGGAAAGCCUUCAAAUGACUUCAGCUUUGGUUUAAAAGACCUCAUGCAUAGUGUGCAAUAGACUUAUCAGACUUUAUUUCACAGCCAUUCAUGAUGCUCUCUAUCUCCAUGCAAGGCCAUGAAGUAGUAAUUUUCAUGUAAACUUGUGAGGUUGCUGUUUUAAAACUUGAUCAUGAAGGGCCAAUAAGCUAAGAGUUUCUUAUGGCCCACUUCUCACUGAAUAACAUACACAUUGACCCUAAAGCUGUCCUUUUUUAGCAGGACACUGGUCACAGACUCAGACCGGGUGAUCCCAACCUCUUGAAGCCACGGGUCUCCUACUUCCUGAACAGUUGCUAUAGACACCCAUACCACUGGCUUGGCAGUAGUGUUUGGUAUCACUUCCCUUGAAUUCAGCUUUGCGACAGUUACAGGCUAAAAUUUGAGAGUCUGGUACCCAGUAACCUGGCCUUGCUUUGUUUUUUAAUUUUUAGAUUUGGAGACAACAAUCUGAUGUACAUUGGGAUUUUCAAGUUACAAUUCCUGAUUUUGAGGAUUUGUUAACAUUACUUUGUUGUCAACUUUUAAGAUUUAUGAGAAUGGUCGUAUCGUAUUUACCACCUAAUUUUCGC